CACCCUCAAUGGCUCCUGUACUGAAGACUAUAUUAUGUGCUCUUACCUUGCAAGAACUCAUCUUUAGCACUAAUCCAGGUAUACUGGCACAGAUUAGCUCUUCUACAGGUCAUGUAACAACCACUACUCCAACUACUCAUGCAGAUCAUGUUCGUGUCACCACCCAUGGGACAGUUUUCAGGCUGCAGCUUGUAAAUGGUUGGCAUCGAUGUGCUGGAAGAGUUGAGAUUGAUUAUUAUGGAUCCUGGGGAACAGUCUGUCAUGACUUUUGGGAUAUAAAUGAUGCUCAAGUAGUCUGCAGACAGCUCGAAUGUGGAUAUGCCCUUAGUGCUCCAGGAUAUGCUUAUUUUGGAGCAGGAUAUGGGAGCAUACUUCUGGAUGAUGUUAAUUGCACUGGGAGUGAAUCCAACUUGUGGAACUGCCCACACCGAGGAUGGUAUUCACAUGACUGCAAUCACUAUCAGGAUGCUGGUGUAAUAUGCUCAGGUAACUUAAUCCCUACUAAAAUGAAUCUUCAUCUAGUUAGUGGGGCAGAUCGGUGUUCAGGUCGAGUUGAAAUCAAUUACCAUGGAUCCUGGGGAACAGUUUGUGAUGAUUCGUGGGAUAUUACUGAUGCCACUGUGGUCUGCAGACAGCUUGGAUGUGGUCAUGCAAUAUCUGCCUUGUCAAGUGCUUAUUUUGGUCAAGGAAGGGGACCCAUACAUCUGGAUGAUGUGAAAUGCAUAGGGAAUGAAGAUUACCUGUGGAACUGUCCACAUCAGGGACUAGGUGUCCAUGACUGUGGUCACCAUGAAGAUGCCAGUGUAAUAUGCUCAGGUUUAAGUCUCCAGCUGCUGAAUGGGGCAGAUGUGUGCUCAGGUAGAGUGGAGAUUAAUCAUCUUGGAACAUGGGGAACUGUUUGUGAUGAUUCCUGGAACAUAAAUGAUGCAAAUGUAGUCUGCAGGCAGCUUGAAUGUGGCCAUGCAAUAUCUGCCUUAUCAAAUGCCUAUUUUGGCCAAGGAACAGGACCCAUAUAUCUGGAUGAUGUGCAGUGCACAGGGUGGGAAGAUUAUUUGUGGAACUGUCCGCAUCGAGGAUGGGGUAGCCAUAACUGUGGUCACCAUGAAGAUGCAGGUGUGAUAUGUUCAGGUCUAAGUCUUCGACUAAUUAAUGGCUCAAAUCAAUGUUCAGGCAGAGUCGAGGUCAAUUACAGUGGAACAUGGGGAACUGUUUGCAAUGAUUCAUGGGAUUUGAAAGAUGCAGAUGUUGUCUGCAGGCAGCUAGGAUGUGGUUAUGCAGUAUCUGCCCUAUCAAAUGCUUAUUUUGGAGAGGGAACCAGACCUAUACAUCUUGAUGAUGUGAGGUGCAAUGGAAAUGAAAAUUAUUUGUGGAGUUGUCUGCAUCAAGGAUGGGACAUCCACAAUUGUAUUCCCCGUGAAGAUGCUGGUGUGAUAUGUUUAACUUCUGUGAUGGCAACAACACGCCCUCCAGCUCACAUCAAUGCAACAACACAUCCUGCAGCUCCCAUCAAUGCAACAACACAUCCUGCAGUAUCACAUUGGACAACUCAUGUAUCAAAUGGAUCAAACACAACAGGAUCCUGUAGGAACCGUUGUAAUGGAAGUGGUGUUUCUGGUUGUUUCUGUGAUACUGCAUGCAUCCAAUUCCGCGACUGCUGUCCAGAUUUCUGUUACUACUGUGAACAUGUUAAUUAUGCUGGUUGCAACAAUUUGACGACAACGACAACGACAACAAGGACCUGGGAAACAUCUAACUUUCCAUUCUACUGUGGAGAAAAUCUGUUCAGUCCAAGUGGAUCAUUCAGUAGUCCUUACUAUCCUUCAUAUUAUCCAAAUAACGCAAGGUGUUACUGGUACAUUACUGUACAUCCAUCUUACCGUAUAAAUCUCUACUUUAAUGAUAUAAGCUUAGAAACUACUACAGACUGUAGCUUUGACUACAUUGAAAUAUAUGAUGGCUCAGUGAGUGAAACAUUACUUGCAAGAAUUUGUAGCAAUUCCAGUUUAUACAGAACAUUCACAUCGUGUACAAAUUCCAUGGCUGUACAUUUUUCAUCAGAUUACAGUGUUACAUAUCGAGGAUUUUCAGCAAUCUACUACUCUACUUAUGAAGGAACCAACUCUACGGGUAAUUGUACCACUGUACCUACAACAAGACGACCAUCAACAACCACAAGAUGGCCAACUACAUAUAGAACAGCUGCACCAUCUAACUGUGGAGGAUACCUUUCAAAUCCAAGUGGAUCAUUCAGCAGUCCAUUUUAUCCAGGAAACUACCCUAAUAAUGCCAGGUGUACUUGGCAAAUACUUGUGCAUGAGGGCUAUCGUGUAUUGUUGAUCAUAGAAGAUUUUCAGUUAGAAUAUCACUCUUCCUGUGCUUUUGACUAUCUGGCAAUAUACGACAGUUACAACAAUUCACUGCUUGGAAAAAUUUGUGGCUAUAGCAAUUCAAGCUACACAUUCAUGUCAUCCUCAAAUAGAAUGAGGGUACAGUUUUACACAGAUGGCAGUGUUAUUGCUCGUGGAUUUUAUGCAACAUAUUACUCUGUCCGAAAGAACCAAACUGAAUCAACUGCUCUGUCAUGUUCAUCAGACUAUAUGAAAAUAACUAUCAGGAAAGACUUCAUCUAUUAUCUGGGUUAUACAGUGAAUGAUGUUGUUUUAAAGGAUCCUUACUGCAGACCACAGGAAACAAGCACUGAUGUUAUCUUCAAUGUACCACUUAACAGCUGUGGCACACAAAUACAGGAAAAUGAUGGCAAUAUUGUCUACUCAAACACGGUAACAGCUUCACGUUCUGGCUAUCUAAUCACUCGACAAAAGACAUUUCAACUACAAGUGGCAUGCAAAAUGCAGCAGAAUACAAUUGUGGAAAUAAUGUAUGUAGCUAAUGACACGGGAGUGAAGCUACAUGACACAGAACAAGGACGAUACAACAUAAAUAUGUCAUUUUAUGAUUCCCCAUCAUUCUACUCACCAGUACUACAGUCUCCUUAUUUUGUUGACCUGAACCAGGACUUGUUCGUUCAAGCAACUCUGCAGAGUUCAGACUGGAAUCUAGAACUGUUUGUAGAUACAUGUGUGGCAUCCCCCUUGAGGUCUGACUUUGUCACCAAGCCAUAUGAUUUGUUAAGAAAUGGGUGUGUGAGAGACAGUACUUACAUGCCCUUGUAUUCAUCAUACCAUAAGGUAGUUCGAUUUAAAUUCCGUUCAUUCAGGUUCUUGUACUCCCACGAUGAAGUAUACAUUCAAUGCAAACUAGUUGUCUGCCAAGCUUAUGACAACUCAUCUCGCUGUUCGCAAGGCUGCAUCUAUAGACACAAGAGAGAGAUAAGUAAUUUAGAGCACAAAGUAGAAGUGGUGCUGGGACCAAUUCAGUCAAAAACAGAAACAAAAAGAGCUGUAUUCCAAGAUCCUGCUCAACACGAAACUUCUCAAGUAAAUACACCUGUCAUCCUCACCUUGUCAGCAAUGGUUGUCAUAAUUGUUGCCCUAGGAGCGUAUGUUUUCAAGAUAAGAAGACAGCAAGGAUAUGUCUACCAAAGACUGAUCAAUACGUCUUUUUACAUCAUUAGUAAAUAUGGAAAGGCAGGGUGCUACAGUUAUAUGUUACAAGAUAUACUAGAGCAAAAGAAGCCAGCCAUUUGGAAGGUCUUUAUAGCAUUAAAAACCUUGGAUGGUGCAGUACAAAGAGAGCUGUAUGAGAAAGAGGAAGAAGGCAUUCUGUUUGAAAGUUUGGAGACUGAGAUAAGGUCUUACUUUGAUGUGGAUGGUAAUUACAAUCAUGACAAAUUUAUAUAUCACAAAUCCAGAUACCUACCUCCCAUGCAUCCCAUUGUACACCAGUUUCAGAGCAGCAUUCUCAAAGAUCUGCACUUUUCUAGCUCUGACACUCAUUUCAAACCUAAUAACCUGUCAUUAAGCGAGAGACAGGCAAUUUUCGAAUUACAGAACAACAGGGACAUAGUCAUCAUUUCUGCUGACAAAGGUGGCACAGUAGUAGUCAUGAACUGGUCAGACUAUGAUAAGGAGGCCAAGAGACAACUUUCGGACAGACACUAUUAUGCUGAAAUGUCAAUCAACCCCACUUUUAGAUUUAAGAAACAGAUUGAUGACUUUUUGUCCAUUGCUAGGGAUGAAGGUAUCAUUACAGCCAAUGUGUUGCAGCAGCUCACAAUUCAGGACUCUGCUAAUCAAUAUAUCUAUUUUUUACCCAAGAUACACAAGGAUCCAGUUAAUCCACCAGGUAGUCCUAUUGUGUCAAGUAGAGGAUACAUCACGGAACCACUGUCCAUAUUUCUGACCAAAUAUCUGAAGCCUUUAUUGUCACAGGUUCGUUCCCGUUUACAGGACACUACUGAAUUUCUACAAAUCAUUUCUGACACACAGUUGGAACCAGAAUAUGAGAAUGUUUUAAUACAUGAAUUAACUGAUGAUGGUGAUAGGGUAAUGAAACCUGAUAAAGGGGGAGGGGUGGUGGUGAUGAAUUCAGUGGAUUAUCAAUAUCAAAUUAAUGCAUUACUUUUCACUGAGAAAUAUAGUGAAGUUUCACAAAAUGAAAUCAAUGUCGCAUUCCAUAAGAUUGAUUUGUUAUUAGAAGACAUGUUGCUACAGGGUGAAAUUACUAAGAAUGAUUAUGAUUUUAUGGUAAAUGAAAAACCUGCAUUAGCAAGUAUAUUCGGUAUUCCGAAAAUACAUAAAGGUCUUGAUAACCCUUCCUUUAGACCAAUAGUUGAUGGUUGUACGUCAAAAACAUACUAUAUUGCUCAGUGGAUAGACAGUCAUGUCAAGAAGGGUAUUUCUAAUAACAUUAAUAUUCUAAAGGAUUCAUGGCAAUUUUUAGAGAGGUGCAAUGCUAUCCCAUAUUGCAAUACUGGAAUUUUUGUGACUAUGGAAGUUCACAACCUUUUUUCUGUAAUACCACAUGAUGCAGGUUUAUCAUGGUUUGAAGAACAACUUUUUUCUACAGCACCAGAUUAUUCUUGUGGAGGGUACUUUCAGAAUCCAAAUGGAACACUUUAUAGUCCAAAUUAUCCAUGGAACUAUCCAAACAAUGCAUGGUGCUACUGGCAGAUUGAAGUAGAAAGAAGCCAACGCAUUCAGUUGGAAUUUUUUAACUUCAACGUGGAAUGGAGCAGUGGCUGCUACAAUGAUUACGUUGAGAUACAUGAUACACAUGGGAACAGAAUAGAUACAAUCUGUGGCUAUGGAUUAACGAAUGUAUACAGAUCAUCUUCAAAUGUCAUGAUGGUUUAUUUUUACUCAAAUAGCUAUACAACAUAUUCUGGAUUUCAAGCAAAUUAUUACUCUAUUCCUGUGCAUCAGAAUGACUCAGAAAACGAUGCUUCCUUGCUUGCAAAGCUCUGUGGCAGAAUCAACUUAAAUGAAAUAUAUGUAUCAUCUUCAAACACCAUGACCCUAUACUUCUCGAAAAACAGCUACAAUUCAUAUGGUUUCCGUGCUGUAUACUAUUCCACUCUUCAAAACCAAAAUAAAUCUGUCUCACUUUCUUGCUCAACAAACUAUAUGACAGCAACCAUCAGCAAUGAUUUCCUCUACUCAGCUGGAUACUAUCCAAGUGAUGUCAUGCUGAAUGAUCGACACUGCAGACCAAAUAUAACACAUAAUGCUGUAAUAUUCAACAUACCUCUGAACAGCUGUGGAACUAUUAGAGAGGCAGACAAUAACAGCAUCACUUAUUUAAACAUGAUAACAGCUUCUGUUUCUGACUAUAUAAUUACCAGGCAAAAGACUUUUCAAGUACAUUUGGCAUGCAAAAUGCAACAAGACACAAUCCUGGAAAUAAUGUACAUAGCUAAGAACACUGGAGUGGAAAUGAAUGAAACAGAAGCCGGGAGGUACAAUAUAAGCAUGUUAUUCUAUGAUUCGUCAUCUUUCACCAGACCUAUAUUAGAUUCACCUUAUUAUGUCAACCUGAACCAAGACUUAUUCAUUCAAGCCACUCUGAAGAGCACAGAUACUGAUCUGAAAGUGUUUGUCGAUACUUGUGUGGCAUCACCGUACAAAUCUGACUUUGUUUCCAAAACCUAUGAUUUAAUUCGAAAUGGGUGUGUGAGAGAUGGGACCUAUGCUACCAUAUACACACCACACAGUUAUAUGGCUCGAUUUAAAUUCAGUGCAUUUAAGUUCCUGUAUAACCAUGAUGCAGUGUACCUCCAGUGUAAGAUCUUGAUCUGCCGUGCCAUCGAUUACUCAUCCCGCUGUUAUAGAGGAUGUGCAAACAGACAUAAAAGAGAUAAGAGUGAUUCAGAACAUAAAGUUGAAGUGGUACUGGGACCAAUUCAAUCCAAGACUGAUGUGAAAGGAGCCAAACUACAACAACCAUUUGAACAUGAAGCUCCUCCUCAGCAAAACCUGCCACUUGUCAUCUCCCUUUCAGUGAUGGCUGUUGUUACAGUAGUCCUUACUGCAUACAUUGUGAAGACUGUGAAAGUGAGGAGACUACACCAACAACAAGGAUAUGCUUAUGAACAACUGAUAAAUACCUAAAGCAGUAAUAUGCAGAUCACCUAAUGUUUAACUUUAGGAUGCUGUUGUUUUUGAUAACUAAAUGUAAACUAAUUCCAGAAAAAAUGUUUCAGAAAACUACUUUUUGAAAUCAGUGUAACAUUAUGUUAUCUUAGUAUCAAACAUGUUAAUUAAAUGUCUAAUAUGAAAUAUAUUACCUGUAUUAUUUAGGAUAAAACAGUAAUUUUGUGUACGUCUUAACUUUAAAGUACUGACAGCAUCAUUAAUUACAUUGUCAGUUAUGAACUUUUACCAUUUAGCCUUUCUAAAAAUCAUUAUUUCAUUGGCAAUAUAUUAAAUGUUACUAACAAACAAAGUGCUGUCUAUUCUGUG